GGAGCCCUCUCGGGCGGGAGCUCGGAGAUCGCCGUCUGACCCCUUCGGACCAGAGACCGGACCAUGCACGGCCUUUGGCUCUGGUUACUCUGCACUGUGUGGCCACACGUGACUGCCCUUAGCAGCCCCCUCCCCCACGUGGACCAGUAUGAGGUGGUAUGGCCCCAGCGCCUGCCUGGACCCCGUGCCCGUCGAGCUCUGCCUUCCCGUUGGGGCCUGUACCCAGAGAAUGUGAGCUACAUCCUUGGGACUGGAAAGCACACUUUCACUCUGCACCUGCGGAAGAACAGGGACCUGCUGGGCUCCAGCUACACAGAGACCUACUCAGCGGCUGAUGGCUCUGAGGUGACAGAGCAGCUGCAUGGGCAGGACCACUGCCUCUACCAGGGCCACGUGGAGGGGCACCAGGGCUCUGCCGCCAGCCUUAGCACCUGCAGUGGUCUCAGGGGCUUCUUCCGGGUGGGUUCUGCUGUCCAUCUGAUUGAGCCUCUGGAUGAGAGUGGUGAGGAGGGGCAACACGCCGUGUACCAGGCCAAGCACCUGCAGCAGAAGACUGGAACCUGUGGGGUCAGCGAUGUCAAUAUAGACAACAUCCUGGGCCCUCGAUUCUUGGCUGCAUUCAAGCAUCAGCCUCCGAACUCACCACUAUCCCAAAAGACCCACUAUGUGGAGCUAUACGUGGUUACCGAUAGCAGAGAGUACCAGUCCUUGGGGAGCAGAGAGGCUGUGCGCAGGCGGGUGUUGGAAGUGGUGAACCAUGUGGACAAGCUUUAUCAGGAAUUCAAUUUCCGUGUGGUUCUGGUGGGCCUAGACAUCUGGAUCAACGACAAGAUCUACAUAAGCCCCCACGCCAAUGUCACACUGGACAACUUCCUCUCAUGGAGGGCACAGGCCCUAACAGGACGGCUUGCCCAUGACAAUGUGCAGCUCAUCACGGGCAUCGACUUCAUUGGGACAACUGUGGGACUGGCUAAGGUGUCUGCCCUUUGCUCCUGGCAUUCGGGGGCUGUGAACCAGGACCACAGUCGGAACCCCAUUGGUGUGGCGUCCACUAUGGCCCAUGAGCUAGGCCACAACCUGGGCAUGAGACAUGACGAAACCAUCCUGGGCUGCUACUGCCCUGUGCCAUGGGAAAGUGGUGGCUGCAUCAUGUCAGGCAACAUUGGCUCCAAGUUCCCUAGGAUGUUCAGCAAGUGCAGCCGGGCUGAUCUGGAGAUAUUUAUGGGGAGACCCGAGGCAGACUGCUUGGCCAAUGCCCCUGACCUAGACCGGCUGGUUGGAGGACCCGUGUGUGGGAACCUGUUUGUGGAGCAUGGAGAAGAGUGUGACUGUGGUACCCCCCAGGACUGUCAGAACCGCUGCUGCAAUGCCACUACCUGCCAGCUGGCUGAAGGGGCUGACUGCGCGCAUGGUGAAUGCUGCCACGAGUGUAGGGUGAAGCCAGCUGGUGAGCAAUGCCGUCGCGCAAAGGAUGGGUGUGACUUGGAGGAGUUCUGUGAUGGCCAGCAGCCAAUGUGCCCUGAGGAUGCCUUCCAGGAGAAUGGGACACCCUGCCAAGGAGGCUACUGUUUUAAUGGGAACUGCCCCACCAUGGCCCACCAAUGCAAGAAAUUGUGGGGGUCAGGUGCAUGGCCGGCCACAGAUGCCUGCUUCACAAUCAGCCUCUUGCCAGGUUGCAGUGGCAGGACUUCCCGUAGCAUGGACAGCUGGGACCACAGCCUGCCUUCUGUCUACUGGCCAAACAGAUGUGGUAUCCUGUACUGCGAAGGGGGAGAGAAGCCCAGGGAGCGUUCCUCCUGCACCUUUAACUCCUACCAGGGACUUUGUCAAGCUCUCAACCUGGACAGCAACACUGCUGCCUACGAGUUGGUGCUUGAGGGCACCAAAUGUGAUGAGGGGAAGGUUUGUUGGAAGGGACACUGCCAGGACCUCCAGGUCUACAGAUCCAAGAACUGCUCUGCCAAAUGCAACAACCAUGGGGUGUGCAACCACAAGAGUGAGUGUCACUGCCACGCAGGCUGGGCCCCUCCUCACUGUGCAGAGCUGCUGACAGAUGUGUACAAAGCAUCUAGGGGACUCCCAGUUAGCGUGUUGCUGGUCCUGGUGCUCCUGGCAGCUGUGAUGGUCAUCCUGGCAGGUGUCAUUAUCUACCAAAAGGCGUGGUGCCCUGUCCAAAAAAGAAGCUCAGCACCCAAGACCACCACGGGGCUCUCCAACCCACUGUUCCGUGAGGAAGGUAGCAGUUUGCCAGCCAAGAGCAAGAUUCCAAGUCCCCCUGUGCUGAUCUCUACCACCCAACCCACCCAGCUCCCCAAGCCAACAUUGGUACCGCAGAGGCCACCCCCACUUCCUCCAGUCACCAUGUGCAGUCCACCCAUCCCAGUUCCUGUGUACACCCAGCAGGCAUCAGACCAGCUCAGACCUGCUCCACCCACCAAGCCUCUCCCAAAGCUGAAACCCAAGCAGGCCAUGAAGCCAACCUCUGCACCACCAAUGCCACCAGUCAAGCCCUGGGUUUGAGGGAUCACACCGGGAAUGACUCAGGGACUUGAUGGCCCAAAGGUUACCCUGAACCCCCAGUCCAGAGGAGGUGAUUGGGCAGGGCACCACAGGGGGGCAUCUGUGAGCCCAGGAAAGUUUGUAGGAGUCCCAGAAUGGUCCUGUGGCCAAGCUCCUCAGCAUCUCAGGAUCACCACCGGAGCCUCUCAGCUCAGGACUCAGGGCUGGACCCUCAGCUGCUUCUCUGACCUCAGGACUGCCUCAGACAGAUGCCCUUGCUGUUCGGCUGGGCCAAAGUCACUGCUCAAGACCAAUCCCUUCUCACCUGUGUUGCGUCUGCAACGGCUAGGUUGGGAUUUGAGGUCACCCGCAGUGUGUGUGUGUGGGGGGGGGCUGCUGUCCCAGGCACACACCCCACCAGCACGCAACCCACGUGCUCUGGCGGCGCAGAGCACUCUUCCCAGCCACCGCUGUACCUGCUCUCCCUGAUGACUCCUUCAAGGACAGGGCAGCUCUGGUGGUUUCCUGUAAAGAGGGUGUAAAUAAGUGAACUGUCUCUGCAUCUACUCCACCAAGCCCAUGAUCUAAGAAGGAACGUUCGCUUUUCCGGAAUCACUGUCAUUUGAGGGGCAGGGUAGAUAGCUGACUGGUCCUAAAUCUCAGGGGAUGAAAUCCAUUAAUUAUAAAGCUUAUAUUUUUAUCAAUAAACUACGGACUACGUUUUAAA